AUGGCCAUUGUGACCUUCUUGAUGGAGAAGAUCAACGCAUUACUGCGCUUGGGUCUGUGUCGUCGUUUUGCAGAUUUGUCACAGGCCAAGAGGAAGUUCGCUCAGUCGCUGGCCAGCUUCAAGUUCGACUGCAUCGGCGACGCCUCCACGGACGACGAAGUCAGCAUCACCGGAUCACUCCAAGAGUUCGCAAAGCUCCUGGGCUCCAUGGAGGACGAGAGGGAGAGGAUGAUAGCUAGCGUGUGCGACGUGUUGAUCACUCCGUUGGAGAGGUUUCGCAAAGAUCAAAUUGGCGCUGCCAAGGACGAGAAGAAGAAGUUUGACAAGGAGAGCGACAAGUACUACACGCAGCUGGAGAAACACGUCAGCCUAUCCUCCAAGAAGAAGGAGACCCUCCUCACUGAGGCCGACACGCAGCUGGAGGUGACACGGAGGCACUUCAACGAGGUCUCCCUGCAGUACGUGUGCAAGGUGCAGGAGGUGCAGGAGCGCAAGAAGUUUGAGUUUGUGGAGCCGCUGCUGGCAUUUCUCCAGGGUCUCUUCACGUUCUACCACCAGGGCUACGAGCUCGCCAAGGAGUUCCACCACUACCAGCACUUCCUGCAGGGCAACAUCCAGAACACGCGGGAGCGCUUUGAGAGCACGCGCUCCGAGGUGGAGCAGCUGAUGCAGAAGAUGAACACCUCGUUUGGAGCGCGCGUCCCCCAGAACCCGUUCGUCAUCGAGGGCUACCUCUUCAUGCUGGAGAAACGUCACUUUGGCUCCGCGUGGGUGAAGCACUACUGCUGCUACAGCAAGAACACGGGCUACUUCUCCAUGCUCGCCUACGACCCGAAGCCGACCGGGAAGCUGAACGGACUGGUGUUGAGUCCACAAGGAGAGCGGGACUCGUUCCAGCUCAAAUCGUGCGUGCGGCGAAAAACCGACUCCAUCGAGAAACGCUUCUGCUUCGACAUCGAGGCCAUCGACAGACCAACCGUCAUGACGCUGCAGGCUCCCUCGGAGGAUGAGCGGAAGCUGUGGAUGGAAGCGAUGGAUGGCAAAGAACCCGUUUACACAAUGCCAAGACUAAACAGCAAGCGGGAGGAGACGCAACUCAAUGAUUUGGGCUUCAACUUUGUAAGAAAUUGCAUCUCUGCGGUUGAAACGAGAGGAGUGACCACUCAAGGGCUGUACCGGAUCGUAGGGGUCAGUUCCAAAGUGCAGAAGUUGCUGAGUCUGGCUGUGGACCCCAAAACGGCGGCGGAAGUUGACCUGGAGAGCCCCCAGGACUGGGACAUCAAGACGAUCACCAGCGCACUCAAGAGCUACCUGAGGACUCUCCCCGAACCCCUGAUGACUCAUCAGCUGCACGCCAGCUUCAUUCUUGCCGCAAAGCUGGAGAACCCGGAGAGCCGUGUGAAGGCGGUCCACGCUCUCGUCUACCAGCUGCCCGACGCCAACCGCGACAUGCUGCAGCUCAUCGUCCACCACCUCAUCGUCGUGGCGAGUCACAACAAGCAGAACCUCAUGACGGUGGCCAACCUGGGCGUGAUCUUCGGCCCGACGCUCAUGCGGCCGCAGGAGGAGUCGGUGGCAGCCAUCAUGGAGAUCAAGUUCCACAACAUCGUCAUCGAGAUCCUCAUCGACAACGCGGACAAGGUGUUCAAGACACCCCCUGACCCGGACGCCCCCCUGCUGAUUCCCCAGCCCAACGUCCCUCACCGGCAUGGCAAGACGCCCGGUGGUGGUGGCGGUGGUGGCGGUGGUGGCGGUGGUGGUGCCGUUGGUAGCAAGACCCCUCGGCCCAUGGGCGGGGUCUACAUGACCUCCAGCCGGGACGGAGUUGACGUGAAGCCUGAAAACAGCACCGCCACAACAACAACAACAACAACCGCCACCACCACCGCAGCAGCCGCCACCAACAACACCACCAACACCACCACCAGCACCACCACCAACAACAACAGCAGCAGCAGCAGUAGCCCAAGCUCCAGCUCCGAGUCCAUCGCCUCGUCCCACUCCUCCGACGCCGCCACCGCCGCCGCCGGUCCGCCCUCACCGCCGCGACUCUACCCGGAUUUGUCGUCGGAGCUGCCGAGGGCACCGCCGGCAUCGUCACCGCCAGCGCCAUCGUCGCUGUCACCGUCGUCGCUGUCCGUGAAGGAGGCGACGCCGUGGGGGGUGGCGGCCGUCGUGGGCGAGGAAACGCCGGCGUUUAAGGGCGGCGCUGCUGCCGCCGCUGCUGCCUCCAAACCCGACGCUUUGUGA